AGGGAGAGGGUUCAGUGCUUCCUUUUCCGGUCGGGGCUGCGGCGGGGACGGGCGGGAGCAGGAGACGCUCCCCGCCAUGGCUUGUGCUCGGCCGUUGAUCUCCGUCUACUCCGAGAAGGGGGAAGCAUCAGGGAAAAAUGUCACCCUCCCUGCUGUCUUCAAGGCUCCCAUCCGCCCCGACGUCGUGAACUUCGUUCACACCAACCUGCGGAAGAACAACCGGCAGCCCUACGCUGUCAGCGAGCUGGCAGGUCAUCAGACCAGUGCUGAAUCAUGGGGCACGGGCAGAGCUGUCGCUCGUAUUCCUCGAGUACGAGGUGGUGGAACUCACCGCUCUGGCCAGGGGGCCUUUGGAAAUAUGUGUCGUGGAGGCCGCAUGUUUGCCCCAACCAAGACCUGGAGGCGCUGGCACCGCAGAGUCAACAUCGCUCAGAAGCGUUACGCCAUCUGCUCUGCGCUGGCGGCCUGUGCUCUCCCAGCACUGGUCAUGUCUAAAGGCCACCGCAUUGAGGAGAUCCCAGAACUUCCUCUGGUUGUUGAGGACAAAGUUGAGAGCUAUAAGAAAACCAAGGAAGCUGUUCUCCUUCUGAAGAAGUUGAAAGCUUGGAAUGACAUCAAAAAGGUUUAUGCCUCCCAACGUAUGAGGGCCGGGAAGGGUAAAAUGAGGAACCGCCGCCGCAUCCAGCGCAGGGGACCCUGCAUCAUCUACAACGAGGACAAUGGCAUCAUCAGAGCUUUCCGGAACAUCCCAGGGAUUACUCUUCUGGAUGUUAACAAGCUGAACCUGUUGAGACUGGCUCCUGGUGGCCACGUUGGGAGGUUCUGCAUUUGGACAGAGAGCGCCUUCCGCAAGCUGGACGACCUCUACGGCACCUGGCGCAAACCCGCCACGCUCAAGAGCGACUACAACUUGCCCAUGCACAAGAUGACCAACACGGACAUUGGAAGGAUCAUGAGAAGCCAGGAAAUCCAGAAGGCUCUGCGUGCUCCAAAGAAGAAGAUUCGCCGUAGAGUCCUGAAGAAGAACCCUCUGAAGAACCUGAGGAUCAUGAUCAAGUUGAACCCCUACGCCAAAACAAUGCGGCGCAACACCAUCCUACGCCACGCCCAAAACCACAAGAUCAAGGAAGAGAAGAGAGCCAAGGCCAAGGCCAGGCUGGCGGCCAAGGUCCCGGCUGCACCCAAGGCCGCACCCAAGGCCACACCCAAGGCUGAGACCGCAGCCAAGACCCCCGGCAAGACCCCUGCCAAGACCCCCACCAAGACCCCCGGCAAGGCGCCCGCCAAGGCCAAGGCUGAAGCGUAAACCCCGCGCAGGACUUCAUCUCCCAGUGAGCUGUGCUGUGGGUUUACAACCAAUAAAUGGUGUUGGAACAGA